AUGCGGUGGUGUCUGUUGCUCAUUUUUACUUUGAUAAUAAGUGCAAAAGCGUGGGACGACGAUGAUUUCGAAGUGUUUGACGUGGUUGAAGAAGUGAAUCAAAACUUCUAUGAGUUGAUGGGUGUUAAACAGGAUGCAUCACCAUCAGAGAUAAAAUCUGCUUUUAAGAAGCUUACUCUGAAAUUACACCCGGACAAGAAUGAUGCUCCAGAUGCGGACGUGCAGUUCAGAAACUUGGUCUCAGUGCACAAUAUACUCAAAGACCCAGGGAAACGAGAGAAAUAUAAUGAAGUACUCAAAAAUGGGCUUCCUAACUGGAGAUCAGCAGUUUACUACUACCGACAUGUGAGAAAGAUGGGUCUGGCCGAAGGUUCCAUCAUCCUGUUCAUCAUCAUCACAUUUGGCCAGUAUGCUGUAGGAUGGGCUGCAUAUGCGGAAAAAAGAUUUACUGCAGAACAAAUAUUAAAUAGCAGAGGUAAAAAACACGCUAAGAAGUCCGGUUUUGAACAAGGUUUAUCAGAAAUACUAGAUCAACUGCCGAAACCGAGUAUAAAGGACACACUACCCUUUCAAAUACCACGAUGUGCUUGGUGGAUGGUAACCGCUAUCCCUAGAGGUAUCAUCGAGAUGAGGAGGAUAAUGAAAGAGAAAGAGGAAGAAGCUAGGAGGCAGAAAAAGAGGGAGCAAGAAGAGAAGGCUCGUGCGGAGCGAGAUGCAGCGGCGGCGGCCGAAGCUAAGGCAGCCGGCGGGGGCGUGCGCAAGCGCCGCGGGUUCGUACCCCCGGUCAAGGACGGCGGGGACUGCCUGCUCGAUCCUGGCGAAGAGCCCGACAGUGCACCUGUGGUGGUGCCUGUCAGACAGCCCGCCCCCCCAGUGAUCACAGGUGGCCUAUGGACAGACGAUGACCUGGCGGAGUUGGUUCGUCUAGUUAAGAAGCACCCGGGCGGCUCAGCGGAGCGAUGGGAGCGAAUCGCCGAAGCCAUGUGCCGCAGCGUACCCGAGGUCACGCACAUGGCCGCCAAACUGAAGGAGAACUGUUACAAGAUACCUGGCCAGGAGCCGGAACAGCCUCAAGUGGUAGAACCACCUAAAAAGGUGAAAACUCGCAAAGCGGAGGAGGUGUCGAGCGGCAACUGGUCGCAGGCGCAGCAGAAGGCGCUGGAGGCGGCGCUGGCCAAGUAUCCCAAGGGCGGCGCCGGCGACCGCUGGCACAAGAUCGCCGCCGCCGUACCCGACAAGACCAAAGAGGAAUGCAUGCAGAGGUGUAAAUAUUUAUCGGAAAUGGUAAGGAAACAGAGACAGAAAGAGGAAGAAGAAGCUCAACAAAAAGACGCAGAAGGACAAGACAAUACAUCACAAGACAACGAAGAGACGUAA